UUCGCGGACGAUUGUGGAGUGUUGUGUUGUUUGGUGGCUUGUUAUGCUUCGUUUUGACGUUUCCAGCUGUCGCUGAGCUGCUUGUGUAGGCGGCGGAUCCCCAGCAGCUCCAGCGCGCACGUGUGGUUGCGCCAGUAACUCGGGCCGUGUCUUCCCUUCGCGCGCCGAGCCGGGCAGGGAAGUGUGGGAAAAGCCCAAGUGAUGUUCGACAUCGAACGUGAACGCAUCGGACGAGAUAGUGAGUGUGAAAUGUCAGCUGCUGUCAAUGCACUGCCAGCGCUCGUUGCGUGAAUAAAAUCCAUGCCUAAUUAGAAGUGGCGUUCAGUCGUUCGGGCGCUGUUUGUUUUGCGAGUGUUCCUUGAGGAAAACAUUUCCACCGCCUCCUUUCGCCCCUCCGCCCUUCCCAGUGAUUUUCCGAACUUGAGAGUGAAGUUCCAAUUGUUCUUGUGUUCGAGCGAAGAAAAGAAGGAAAGUCGUCAAGUGCGCCGGGAAAUUCCUCUUGAGAGUUUCCGUUCAGAUUCUGUGUAGUGCAUUCUAAUGGAGUGAAAAAGUGGAAAAUGUAUCGAUGCUAAAGUAAAGCCGACACUUGGCCGCAGAGAGCUCCACUUGCGAGUCCUUGGCUCCGCUGGAGUGGAUCCCUUGCAUCGUAGGAAGGUCAGCCAGUGAAAGGAGCAGGACACGCGCAGCCCCCGGGUACUCUAGUAGCAAUUGCGAUCGAGGAACUCCACACUUAAAAUAUUGUUUCUCACGGACACCGCCCGGAGGAAAACUAGAAUUGCUCAUCAUCAAAUCCUCAGACUACAGCGAAAUGAUAGACACACAGUAGGUCAAGUAUAGGAGAGGUUGAACUUGUGAUAUAAGUACAUAUACAUCCGGCGUCUCUGAGGCUUUACUGCUGCAUUCACGUAUGAGUUGUUGGAUACAUUGUUCCCGCUAAGGACAGUUAAUUUACUGAAAUGAGCAUUGUACAAGGACAUGAGCUGGAGGCGAACGCUAUUCAUCGGAUAUCGAACUGACGUCGCCGAUAAAGUGUUUUCAUUUGGGUAUUCAUUGAAGAAAAAAUCUAACGCCUUGUAAACGGUCUGUAGCUGUAGUGAGAGUGCCAUUGUGAACAUCGUCAUGUUAUUAAUUAGUGCCCUAGCGCUAGGACUCGUCGAAUCGACGAGUUCAAAUGUAGGAGCGAGUGUCGGGUAUAGUGUAGGAGGAAGUGUGGGAGGUAGUGUGAGUGUCGGAAGUGCAGUGGGAGGAAAUAGCGAAGCCAUAAUAGCAGGCGGUUCCGCGACGGGUCAAUCUCUUAGUUCGGCAAUAGUGCGUAGUAUUAGUGAAGGAGGAAGCAGCGCUGGUGGGGGUGGAACAUUAUCAUGGGAUAAUAAUGGAACGUUCAAGACGGCAGGGCCGGGUGAAUGGUCACUGGAGCAUUGCCUAAUGUGGCAACGUCCCCACCACCUUUACUAUCAGCUGAGCAACGCUUUCUUUUUCCUGGCCUUCAUGGCGCCACACGGCCCCUUCGGAAUGGUCUGGUUGCGUUCGAUUUUAAUUGUUGGCUGUGUUCUAAUGGCCAUGUGGGGGUGGCUCGUCGAAUGCACUCCAGACAUCGUCUUAUGGUCGAUCCUUUUCCUAGUUGUUAAUGUUAUUUAUCUUAUUGUGUUACUGUGCAGAUUGCGACCUAUACGAUUCGAUAAGGAAGUUGAAGCGGUUUACGAAGCUUUAUUUAAACCGCUGAGGGUGUCAAGGCAUCAAUUCAAAAAAGUACUGAAUUGUAUGAAACUGGUGCGAUCGUUAAAGUAUCAGGAAGUUUAUGCACAGGAGAAAGUGACAAAAGUAGACAGUUUAUCUCUGGUGUUAUCCGGAAAAUUAGUCGUUUCACAAAACCAACGAGCAUUACAUAUAGUAUUUCCACAUCAGUUCCUAGAUUCGCCAGAAUGGUUCGGAGUCUCAACAGAUGACUAUUUUCAGGUGUCAAUAAUGGCGAUGGAGGAGUCACGUGUUCUGAUUUGGCAUCGAGACAAACUGAAACUUUCGAUAAUGGCUGAACCAUUUUUGCAGGCUGUAUUCGAUCAUAUUUUAGGCAGAGAUGUUGUUAAAAAAUUGAUGCAGGUCACGCAGGUGAGUGAAACCAUAGCGAGUAAUGGUUUUUUACCAACGGGGGGCUUCGAGGACGAAGAGAAACCAAUGUUACUUCUGAAGAAAGGCAACGAAGGUCACGGGUUAACAGCUCUGAUAAAUCGCCAAUUGCAAGCUUUGCCUAGGAUAUCUAAGUAUUAUUAUUGCGCGAGCGAUCCAAAUGCGUGGCGAUUGGGGCGCAUUGACGAAACCGAUCAUGAGACUGCUGUAUGAAAUGUGUACAAAUUUGGACGAAUUUUUUCUUUUUUGUCAAUAGAUAUGAUUUUAAGGAAGUAUUGUAACUAGUUGUAUAAAGAAAAAUAAAUUUAGUUUUAUAUAAAAGAAUGAUAUUAAAGAAGUCAAUCAAAUGCAGCCUAGUCCCAACCAAACAUGUAGGAUGUAGGUAUACAUACUAAGAUAAGUGUGUAAUCGAAAAACGUUAGAAGUAAAAAGAAGUUACUUUCAUUAAAUGACAAUAUUUUAUCAGUAAAAGUGAUGUUAAGGAUAAAAUAGAAGAAGUUCGAAAUAUCUACAAAUUACCAAAGACUAUUGAAGAACCGAUUUUAAUGGAUGUCAGCUGCAAACGUCUCAUAUUGCAUUUGAAUAAGAUAAAAUGGAGUAUUAUUUAUAAAUGUCAGUUCGAAUCCGAAAAAUUCACCUUAGAUAAGUAAAUCAUAUAACUGCGGAUAUAUAAAAGUUCAAGUGAAAUUUUGAUAUUCUGAUUUCAUAAUAUAAAAACUGAGUGGUGAGUACAAGCUGAUCCUGUACAAUUUUUAUUUUUUUUAGCAUUGAUAUUGAAAAAUUUCGACAAACAUAUCUAUAGAAUUCAGAUAAAAUUUAAUCUGACAUACAUAUUCCCGUGUUUCGAUUCACUAUUUUUUUAUGAUGAAGGUUGAAAGAUAUUGAGCACAUGCUUGUAGAGCACUAACAAAAACAAACAACAAAGCAGACCAAAAAAGGAGAUUAAAGUGUAACCCUUAAAGGGGCAACCACAUUAGGAGGUUUUCAGAAUAGCUUUUUUUAUUGCAUAGAUUGUUGAGUUAGCUAUCCCAGAAUACGCUGCAAAGAUUUCAAAACGAAAUUCGUUUUCCUUUAGAUUUUAUGAGCGCAAAAUCGAGCGAUUAUCGGGUACAGCGUAAGGCUCGAACGCCCAGGAGUGAGUCGCUUUAUGCCCUUACGUAAUCUUAUAACGCUAUAUAAAUAGCUUAUUUAAAAUUACUUGACGUCAGCCACUUCUACGAAUGCAAUUGUAUUUACUGUAACUGCAUUUUGAUAGUAAUUGAGAGUGAAAAAUGACUUCAUAUCCGAAACGCGACUUUUGAAAACAUUGUUUUCAAACGAACUUUUCUCAAAAUGACUUCGUUCACAUUUGCAAGAUUUCUAACUCAAAAAGUAAUGAGUCGAUCAGUAUGCAAUUUGGAGAUAUGACUGCUUACAAAAUUAACAAGAAUAUAAAUGAAGCCUUGCGGAUAAUAUCAUAUUUUUAAGGGUGUUUUUUUUUAGUAAAUUUUGUGAAAAACAUAGUGAAAAUUGAAAUAUUUUCUUUAAAAACCUGCAAAAUUUUUAAUUUUAAUUAUUUUCUCUUACAUUGAGUUUCAUAUUCUUAGAAAAUAAAUGAUCAGUGCCGAAUUAACCUUUUUAUUUUCACAUAAAAAUUGGAGCGUCCCACAGUUGGAGAACUCUAGUUACAACUUUAAUUGGGCUAAUGACGCGCAACUUUGUUGUUUUUGGAUUAAAUGAUUUAAAAAACCUCAAGAGUUGUGCAAAAUACCACUAGUAUAUUGUCCAAAUUUGAUUGAAUUUCAAUUAAUUCUUCCCAAUCAAAAAUAUCAAAACAUCUACGUAAAAAUAACCCCUCUAAUGUGGUUUCCUCCUUAAGUUUCAAAAUCAUAUAUUUACUAUCUAGCAUAUCCGCCGUUAAGGACAGUAGAUUCAUUAAUAUCGAUUAUGGAAAAUCUGUCGCAUUUUUCCCAAAUCUUGGAUUUGACAUUCACCUUCACCUCAUUGUUCGGCAUGUAAUGAAUGCCUUUGAGGUCAAUUUUGAAUAGAACGGCAGUUCUAUAAUAUCGAUCACAUAAUUUUGAUGAGCAUUCCAAAACACAAUGAUGCAAUUUUUUUGGGGGAUGGUUGUUUUUUCGCCUAAGGAACGAGUAUCUAUAUUCAGCGCGCUUUCUCUUGCGGGUCAUAAUGAUGGACUUCCGACUACCCCGUCACAAUAUUUAGAAGAAAGUCUUCUCGUUUGUCACCAUCUCGUGUAUUGACGAGGAAUGUUGCUUAAACCACCUGGGACGCUUCUGAAUGACACUAUACAAAUAGGUGCACAUUAUUUUGCAAAAGAUUGUUCCGAAAAGAAUCUUACUAGGUGGGUUGCUAACAUAAAAAAAAGACAUUUUUUUGAUAAAAUUUGAUUUUAUUAUUCAGUAUAAUUGCUUUCGAGGAUUGUACAACGAUUAUAGCGGUCAUACAAUUUUUCGAUAUCCUUUUUAUAGUACGAUUUGUCUUUAACCUCAAAAUAGGUAUCAGUUUCGGUGAUUAUCUCUUUAUUGGCCCUAAAUUUAUUUCCAGCGAGCAUUCUUUUGAGGUCUAAGAACAGCAAAAAGUCGCUGGAUACAGAAGCAAUUCAAAGCCCAGUUGGCCAUCGUUUUCAUUCAUUUGUGACACGGUGCAUUGUUUUGGUGUAAUAGUCGUUGUUGAUGAUUUUUUUCCUUCUCAAAAUAAUACAUGAUUAUACCAUGUACAUCCUACAAUACUGAUUUCAUAAUCUUGCCAGCCGACUUGCGUCUUUGCUCGCUUGGGAGUCGGUUUUCCACGUGCAGUCCACUCAAAUGACGAUUGGUUUGAUUCUGGUGUGAAAAAAUGGAGUCGUGUUUCGUUGUCACUCGAUAUGUGAUAGUAGCAUAUAGUAAAUUCGGGUUUUUUUAAGGAGAAAGGGCUACAAACCCUGCUCAGAAUCGUCAACUCGUUGUUGUUUUUGGUCGAUUGUGGGCCCGCACGGCAACCAUUUUGAACAGCGUUUCUGCAUACCCAAACAUUCAUGGACGAUAUGUCCAACACGUUCCUUUGAUAUCUUUCGAGCCUCAGCUGUCUCGAUCAAAUUCACUUAGUGAUCAUCCAAAAUUAUUUUGUGAACUUUUUUGAUAUUUUCGACGGUAAAGGUCUCUUUGGGGUGUCCACUGCUUGCAUCAUCCUCGGUGCUAAUUUUGCCUCAUUUAAACUUAGCAAACUGCUUCUCGGUUGAUUUUCCUGGUGUCCGAAUAAUGAUUAUCAAUUAUCAAUUAUCAAUUCAAUACUAGUAGUGCUAUGUGUGUUUUAGCCUUUUCAGUCCAUAGUAUCGAUAGACGCCCGCCGAUUAGACGUCCUAAUUAAGUACAUUUGUUGUUUACCGACCCAUGGAUUCUCCAGUGUGCAGCUUGUGCUUUUGCUGAAUUUUUUACUUUCCAUCAAAGGCUAGUGCAAUGAGUCCCCGCGCACCAAUAGUUUCACCUGUCCAAUUAACAUAUCUGUUGAAAAAAACCAAUUCGGAACGCUCAUUUAUUAAUUAUAAUGGUUUCAAAGUCGAAUUGCCACAAGGCGGGAAAGAUAAUGCAGUGAUUGGCUGACACUAACCGGAAAGGUUAGUAUAUUGUUUAAUGCACAUUAAUUAUUAUUAAUUAACAGCGCGAUGGUUGAGGGGGUAGAGCAUCAGUAUCCCAAUCUCGAUGCUUUGGGUUCGAAUCCCAGUCGUCGUUAUGGAUGUCUGUUUACGCCUUGGGUCUGUCUCUUUACUGUGAGUGAUAAACUUGCAUAGCGAUAAGUGUGAUGAUAUUGAAACUAAAGCACAAUCUGACUGUGUGAAUGCCCUAUACUCCACUAAAGAGGGAGCAUCAAUGGCUUCAACAAUAUUUUCUAUCUCACAAAUGUAACCCGUUAAAUUAAGACAAAUUUUCGACAUAUUGCUACAUCACUGAUUUGCAGUUCCGAGCGUAUAAGUUAAGGAGACAAUAUAGUAGGGAGAGUACAGUUAAUGCACAAGUAACAUGUCUGGUGUUUUUGGCAGAAAUUGCCUCCGCACCCAAAGUGCACAAUGAAAUGGGUGAUAAUGAAACAUACGGUUUUGGAAGAUUCGUAGGCCGCAAGAACAACGAAUUCGCACUAAGCGGAAUCCGAACUUUGGGCCGGAUCCAUACUCCUAGUGUGAUAUAAUUCGUAUUAGGCUAAGGAGAUACGCGUCCCUUGCAAUUUAGCAGCUGAAACAUUAAAAAGGAAUAACAAUGCGACAAAAUUCGAACGCAGUCAUAUAUUAUUAGUUAAGAUUGGAGUUUAAGUUUAUAAAAUGUUAACUCACAUUGCAAUGAUCCUCGCAAUAUAAAUCUGACUACAAAGAAACGAGAUUUUGGCUUUCAGUGGGGUUUUUGUCGAGUUAUUUGUGCAGCAAGGCACGGAACGGAAUAUUUUACCGUCUUCCAUGACAUUUCACCGCUAAAAUUAACUUUGAUACUUUGAUAUUUAUAUGAGCAACUACCAGCUGCCGGUCAAUUCAAAUUUGUUAGCUUGACGUCUGACAUUAUCUCACACGUUUCUAUUGUAAACGAUAUUUUUUCAUGAAUCUGGGCAUAGGGGUGAUCAUUACCAUUUUGAAGUAAUGGUAUUCCACCAUUCAAUUCAAAUUUCUUUGUUCAACACAGGCAAUUUUUCAUGAAGGAUUCCAUCCAGGUAUACGGAUUCAUUUCAUUCAUUUUGGGGAAAGUAGUUCAGACUUUGACUGGUCGGUUCAAUGUACUUCUUUAUAAUUUUCAACUGUCCAGUUUCGUUGCAUCAAAGCCUGCUGCCGUCACUCCUUUUUGAUUAAUGCAACCAAUUAAAUUAGAUUCUGCCAAUCGUCUUCUGAUCGUUAUAAAUGGUCGCACACCAAACAAAUUUGGAAUAAUUUUCAAGGCGAUUUACAGAACAAUAUUUCAAGAUUUUUUAUAUAGUAUGAGUAAUACAAUAAAACGCCUCUAAUUCGAAUUCUCAUUUGCCAGAAAAUACAGGUUGCGAUGCCAAAAUCUGGACAAAUCGAACUUCAUAUCUCGAAAUAAUUUUUAUUUGGAAUACUAAAGAGUUUAUAAUUUUUUUCGUUCCAUAUAUUUAUUCAAUAUAAUCUCCUUCUGUUUUUAUGAUGAUGCGACGUUUGAAUAUCGGGACUUGUUGGUGAUCCUCUCAACUACGCUCCAUACUCAGAAGUCCAGAGUAUCCAAAUCCGGGCUGUUGGGAGGCCAACAUUCUUUGGUUCAGAACAUGUUGGCAUUGUCUGAUAACCCACCGCGCACCGUCCUGUUGGAAAACAUAUGCCCUUCCAGACAAUAUAACUUUCAUCCACGGCUCUACCACAUUUAUCAGAACACGCGAAUACACUUCUUUAUUUCGUAAAACACACGAUAACAGAUUGCAGCGUUCAACUCAUUUUAUGUUUGCAGCUUCGGAAAGCAUUUAUAUGACUUUAAUUGCAUAAGAUUUGUAGCGGAGGUCAUUUUCAAGAAUUUUAUACGUAGUUUUUUCACUCACACCGGCAACCGACGACAAUUUUCAGAUCGACUACCCAGGGUCCUCAGAAAUCAGCACCUGCGCCCGUUGAACGGUAUCAGGCCAACGAGUGAACUUUCCUUGCUAUUGUCGCAGAACCUUUGUUACACUUCUGCGGAAGAUCCAAUGAUUUCGGUCGCACUUUCGAUAAUCGAUUCAUUUUUUUUAAAUUUUGCGAAUGUCUUUUAAACUUCGAUGUUCAUCAAGAAUAUCAAGAAUAGUUAUCAGAGCAUCAUCGUUAAUCUAGACAUAGUCCUUUAGCUGAAAACAAUUGACAUUAUAUCUAUCUACUUUCUAAUAGCCUGCCAGAUUUCUCCACCUCUAUUUUCGUUGUUUUCUGUCACGCGCUGAAAAAAAGUCUCGAAAUUUUUGAAACAAUUUGUAAUUAUGCUCUGCAUAAUAUCUUAAGCACGAAAAAAAGUCUCUCUGAUUUUCCAAAAAUUACAGAAGUUUCUUUGGACAACAUUUCCGGUCCUCUUUAUCAAUGGAUUUCAUUUCGAUUGGAUAUUUUUAGGAUGUACAGAACAGAAGUAAAGAAGUAAAAUCAGUUGAAAGUAUGACUUUACGUUUAGUUGCAGAAAACUUUUUAUCCUCACCGAUAAUUACUCAGCAAGUUACCCUGCUUUCUCCCAAAUCAUUUAUUUCCUUUUAGCACUAAAGGGAUAGGACAAUAUUAAAGGAAGUCCUAUAAGCCAGUCGUCCGCACGAUUUUUGAUGCACUUUCUCCAAAGAGAUAAUUUUUUCCUUGAUCCAAUGUUCCUAACCAUGGGGAUUCUGAAAAUAGCAAAAUUCAAAGUUUUUUCGAAUUCUAAACCUUUUCCUGUCAAUAUUGGAAUGCCUACGCGGAAAUUUGUUCUUUUCAAUAAACUGAACCAUUCAUAAACAGCUUUAUUAAUUGCGUGGUGCUCUUUUCUUUUAACACUUCUACUAGAACUAACAUUUCCAAGCCUUCUACCCUUGUCCACUCAAAUGAGAGAUAUCGUAUCGAUAAAGGGGAAUUGGGAACUAAACCCCUUUCUUAAUCGGUGGUAUUUUUAUAGAAAGACCGAAAUCCUGCAAAACUAUGCAAUUUAGGUAUUCUGGAUAAAACUAUUCUAAAUAGACACCAAGGAAUCUAGGACCGUAAAGCGAAAAUUCGGGCCGGGGGCAAAAAUCGUACGCAAAAACUAGGCCCAGUUUGAAAGUUGUGAGGGCUCCCACGAUUAUCCAUUUUUUCAUUGAAAUUUCUACGGCUUACAUUGGUUUGUGAACACAUACAUGAAUAUACUAGGUUGUUCAAUAAGUUUUGUGGUUUGAAAAAAGAGGGUCUUGCUACUAGCACAAUUUUUUUUGUUAUGUUGGUACCCUCUUCAUAUGAACGUAUGUGAAGUUUCAUUUCAAUCUGUCAAUUCACUCUUUGUUUACAAGCCAUUCAAUAUUGACGUGUUACAGUAUUUUUUACAAUGGAAAAAUCAAUUAUCGUGCAGUGAUUGAAUUCUUAUUUUUGGAAGGUUUGAAAGCAAAGGAAAUUUAGGAGCGAAUGUUGAAAGUAUAUAAGCACUCUUUGCCUUCAAUUAGUACAGUGUAAAGAUGGUUGCUGAAUUUAGACGU